UCUGAGAGCGCAGCUGUUGCGCGACAUACUGGACAGCGCGAUCUGGAGUGAUGUCGAGCCUCAUGCUGCCUGCAGCGAUUUGGGACUGACCGGGCUCGAGCGCCUUACCAAGUUGUCUUGCUGUCGCCGGUUCUAGCGGAAUGUUGUCGCUCUCCCACGACGUAUGUUUCCAUAAGACUGGGCGACACUUCCCUUCCCAAGAGGACACUGUGCCAUUACCAUGAGUUGUUUGGAUGUUAUGUACCCAGCCUAUGGACAUUACGCACCGUACGCGAAAGCAACCUCUGCGUUCAUCAACCACUUUCAGGCACCUGUCUGUCUGAGUAGCCCCACUCCCCGCUGCAGAGACGUCCUGAUGGAGAGUACCGGGACUCCCCGGGGUCCAGAGGGUGUUUCGGCAAGCACCAAGACAGGCCCUAGCUCUUCCUCCUCAUAUCCAUCCACCACGCGACCGGAGGAGAGCCCUAAGGAGAAACAAGAGGUUCCCGAGGCCGAAUACCUGACGUCGCGCUGCGUCCUCUUCACGUACUACCAAGGGGACAUCAGCAGUGUGGUGGACGAACACUUCUCCAGAGCACUUAGCUCUUAUAUGGAGGCAGAGGGCAAGAGGAGGGCCUCGGACCUGGGGAACGAUGUCCCGUCACCCAGCAGUCGCCGCAGCUUCCCCCCCUCCUUCUGGGACUGCAACUACCCCCCCCCACAAAGUCGCUCACACUGCGACCCCGGCGCACCCACCUAUUCCAUGGACCCCUAUGCUUCCGGACUCCACCCGGGGCUUCCUCAACCCCAUCCCCACGCUCAUCCCCACCCCCACCCGUCAGAGGGGUGGGGCUACGCCCAGACCCAGGCCUACGGGCCCCCGAGACCCCUCCAUGAACUCUACUCCCCCGGCGGCCUGGAGCCCCACUAUGGCCCCCUGCUCAUGCCCGCCGUGCGCCCUCCCCACAUGGGCGCCCUCCCCGGGCACCACCCUUAUGACGUGGGCAAGCUGGAGUCCGGGGCCCCCUGGCCGGGCCUGCUGCCCCACGGAGAGAUGGCCCUCAACAUGGAUGCAGGCCUCCAACAUCACAAGAAAGGGAAGGAGCUGUACUGGUUUUAACGACUCUCCGCCGUUACCAUCGAACAGACAUUACCAGAUCCAAUUAGGACCUCUAGACCCAGACCACUGAAGAGCCCCCCCUAACCCCGCCCCCGGACCUCCACAGUGCCAGGCUGCUGAGAUGCUUCAGGUGUGCAUGCGUGCACCAUGGAGAUGAAGGCCCUGAGGCCGGGCUCAUGGAGGGCAGAGGGACGGAGAGGUGCAUUCUGGGAGGCCACCGACCGGCCAGGCCCUCUCCUGCCGGCUGGUGCUGGGGGAGCUCAGCUCCAGCAUAGCGACUUUGGAUCCUUCACUGGAUCCGUUCGGACAUUUCUAGAGUAACUUUUUUUGGGGGGGGGGCGUGUGUUUGUGUGUGUAUAUAUGUGUGGGCACCACCAAUACAGUCCCAUUCGAUUUGAGCUGUGCGGCCUCUGCAGUAUAGACACCACUGGUGGCCGCUGGCAUGGUGCUAGCAACUGGGACCUGGUUUGGUCUGAAGGACACUGGGUUGCAGGUUCAUGUCUUUUGCACACAGAGGGAAAGCCAAUGAGGACAGACGAUAUAGUAUAUAUAGUAGCAAGUCUAGCAUGAGCCACGCUGAAAUUCCCACCGAGUGGGCAGACCCCAGAAGUUAAAGGCAAGAUGUCAUUAGUUCUGUUAUAAAUAGCUGUGUGUGUGUGUGUGUGUUUUUACUUCCUGUGUUUUGUUUUAUUACUGUAUCCCCGUCUGGUUCUUGUGAAUACUCCGUUGCAAUACAUCAAUGUAUUGCAUUGAAUAGGGCUUGUGGAAUGUUUGAUUGAAAUGUUAGGGGGAAAUACGUAAGUCACACAAAAUACUGUAAUACUCCUACCGUUCUGCCUACGUAAAAGUAAAUGACAUAUUCCGACAAUACAGAGUAGUGAACAAUGACGAUCACAAUCUACGUGUUAAUUAGAGGUUGCUAGCGUUUUUUUCCACCGACUUCAAAAAUAAACAUCAGGACCUAAUUGUCUAGUUACAAACGAAUAAAUUAAUUACCUUCGCUGAGUCUGAGAAACAUAAGGAUCUCAGUGAUUUUGCGGUAAAUUGAACCCAAGCUUCAGGGUCCAUCUGACAGUACUGUUGACAUUCUAACGUCCAUUAGAGAAGACCACUUAAGGAAAAAGAGAAUCUAAAAGAAGAAAAAAACUUAGCAAUAUAAAUGUUUCCAUAUUUCACCAUGAAAGUUGUCUGAUACCUUAUUUUUAUAUAGCCUACAGCAACAACAUGGAACAUAAACCUUCAUUCGAUCGUCAAUCUCGUUCACUGGUCAGAUGAUCUGACAGGCUACGGCCCCGAAAGUCUCGUUGACUUUUUGUUUAGCCAUGUUUUUUUGUUUUUUUUACAAUGCUUUUCUAUACAUACCUUUUGUAUGUAAUCUAUAUACCUGUUAUGUUUGGUUCGUUGAAUUGUACAUUUUCACAGUAAAUUUCUAACUAUUAUCAAAUAAUAUAACAAACUAAAAACAAGCCCAUACUGUAGGCUACGUCAGAUAGCAGACAUCACAAAUUCAGGUCUAAAAAGUGCUUUUAACCUUUUGGCACAGUAGGCUACAUAAAUGACUGUAAAUGUCGGAGAUGAGGACUUGCGUAUUGCUUCCGAUUGUGGUCCUCUUCUGAUAGAAUAAUGAGCUGACGCGGCCGUGAUCCAUAUUAUCUGUGCUAUUAUCUACAUUUCAACAAAUGGAUAUGCGAAUGUAUAUACCCUAUUAUAUACCCCCCAUAAAGCAAUGUCUGUUUAUUUGUCUUUAAUUGGCAUUUCUGAAAUCUUAAAUUCAGCGCUUGUGCUUCAUUAAAUGGUGGGAGAUGGACGGUUGAGAAAAUGUUGCCGAAGGCUUCGAGGAGAUGAUCAUGAAGGUGUUUGGAAAAUGUUGAUUUAUGAACUAAUCUUUUAGCCUAGUUGAAAGGAAACACUACAGAGGGUCAAUAAACAACACGUAACAAUAAGCAUAUCAAGCUGUUAGAUAUACACAUUUACUUUUAAUAAUUUAUACAAUAUGUUCCAUCGAUGUAACUUUAAUAGCCUAGCCUAUAUUUAUACCUGUGAUAUUUAGUUAUUUUACAAGUUGGACCUUGUUGUUCUGUUUUUCUCUUGCUUUUGUUGAGAAAUAGUAUAUCUGUUAAUAAAUAUUUGUACGGUAAAUUCCGUCUCUUUUUAA